AUGAAAGAUCAUUCAAAGCAUUAUUAUACACACAUUGGAAAUAGUUCAAAUAGGCCCACCUCAUCUAUUGCAGGGACCUCACGUUCUAUAUCUCCAUCAAAUGUAGAAUUAGAACUAUCGACAUUUAAGAGCCAUGAUUCUGGUAAUCAGAAUGGAUUGAACGAUGGUUCAGGUCAAAGUUUUGCAGACUUUGAAAUUGACGCCGAGGAUCCAUUGACUCACCCUACUCGUGCUCCUGCUAAGUCAAAUAUGUAUAUGGCAUUUAUGAACAUGGCAAACAGCAUUUUGGGAGCAGGAGUCGUAGGUCAGCCGUUUGCAAUUAAGAAUUGUGGAAUUGUAGGGGGGUUCAUGGCAUUGGUUCUUUUAACUGCAAUAGUUGAUUGGACUAUAAGACUGAUAGUGAUUAACUUUAAGUUAACAGGGAAAACCACAUAUCAGGAUACUGUCGAGUUUGCAAUGGGAAAAGCUGGAAAAAUCACAGUUUUGGUUGUAAAUGGUUUAUUUGCAUUUGGUAGUUGUGUUGGAUUUUGUAUUAUCGUUGGUGAUAGUGUACCCCAUGUUUUAAAAGCUUUCUUUCCUAGUUACGCAGGUUAUUUUGGUAGAAAUGCUAUAAUUUCAGUGUUUUCUUUUCUGGUGUCAUAUCCUUUGUCUUUGAAUAGGAAUAUUGCAAAGUUAUCCAAGAUUUCAAUGUUGGCGUUAAUAAGUAUAUUUAUGAUAGUGUUGAUUGUAAUGAUACGGGCACCAGCGACUGCCAAUGAGUUGAAGGGUACUAUUAGUGUGUCUGAAUACUUUAUUACGCCCAGAAUAUUCCAAGGUAUAUCUAUUAUCUCCUUUGCCCUAGUUUGUCACCACAAUACCAGCUUCAUUUAUUUCUCUUUGAAGAAACCAAGUCUAAAAAGGUUUAGUAAUUUAACACACCUAAGCUGCACGAUAUCUAUGGUGUUGUGUCUUAUUGCAGGUUAUACAGGUUUUCUCAGUUUUAAAAGUUCAACUAAAGGUAAUAUUCUUAACAACUUUCCAAGUGACGACAAAUUCAUAAAUUUUGCAAGAUUCUGUUUCGGUUUAAAUAUGGUAACAACAUUUCCAUUAGAGAUUUUUGUUCUUCGUGAUGUUGCUCGAGAUUUAAUUUAUCUCCGGUCCAAUCGUCAAGGGGAUGGAAAUAUAGUAUUAGAUACCAAGAAGCAUUUUAUUAUUACAACAAUUCUAGUUUUUGCGGCUGUUAUAAUCUCUUUGACCACAUGUAACUUAGGAGCCUUGCUUGAACUUGUUGGAUCCACUACAGCGUCAAUAAUUGCAUAUAUUUUACCACCGUUAACCACGUUAUGUCUAGUUGGUCGAAAGAAGACUUUCAAGGAGAAGAUUCCAUAUUAUGCAUGUAUUAUAUUUGGUAUCACGCUUAUGAUCGUUAGUAGUUCCCAAACACUAUUCUACGCAUACUAUGAUAAAGGAGAAAAGCAUUGUGAGAUAUAA